GUAUAUCCUUCGACGCGUGCCCUAAGCCCCUACAAAUCGUCCGCGCAGCACCGCAAGACCCUUUCUGCAAGCGGCGGCAUCAAACGCCAACUCGUCUGCGAGGCGAUGCCGAUUUCCAAACGCAACCGAACGGUGACGCUGUCGAAGACCAAGAAGAAGGGGAAGGAGCACAAGGAGGCAAUUGUGAACGCGAUCAAGCAAGCACUGGAGGAUUACGCUUCUGCCUACGUCUUCACUUUCGAGAACAUGAGGAAUCAGAGAUUCAAGGAGUUCAGGGAGCAACACAAAUCCACCGGCAGAUUCUUUCUGGGGUCAAACAAAGUCAUGCAGAUAGCGUUAGGGCGGUCAGUAGCCGAUGAAGUGAAGCCCGGCAUUCAUAAGCUUUCUAAGUUUCUUCGUGGUGAUGCUGGACUUCUCUGCACCAAUCUGGCUAAAGAGGAGGUCCAGAGAAGAUUUCAAGAGUAUGAAGAACAUGAUUUUGCAAGGACAGGAAGCAUAGCCACUGAAAAGGUUGAAAUAAAAGAAGGUCCAUUGGAUCAGUUCACACAUGAAAUGGAGCCAUAUCUCCGUAAGCAGGGUUUACCAGUUCGCUUGAAUAAAGGAAUCGUUGAGCUCAUUUCUGACUUUGUCGUGUGUGAAAAAGGGAUGCCAUUGUCUCCUGAAUCAGCUCGCACCUUGAGGUUGCUUGGAAUCAAGAUGGCUACUUUCCGGCUCCAUCUGGUUUGUUGUUGGACUCCAGAAGAUUUUGAAAUUUACAACGAGGAGUUAGAUCUUUCGGAUAUUGAGUGACACUACUACCAUUCUUGUGACAUAUGUUCAUCAGGUGUUCAUGGGACUAACGGAGUUGCAUGCUUAGAUCUUUGUAAGAGCGAUUGUUCAUGCUUCACUUUCAAUUUUUCUUGCCGCUAGUUUUGGAAAUUAUGGUGAUUUCGCUGUAUUAAUAUGGAUGUACUGGAUCGUGACAUUAUCCUGCACCUACCUUAAUCCGGAGUUGUUUUUGUGUGGCUAA